AUGGCGCCGCGCCAGAAGAUCCGAUUGAAGCUGACGCGCAGUUCCAAAUCCACAGAGAGCACGCCCAAAGGGUUUGCCGAUGUCGAAGACGAGGCCAUGCCCGAUGUCGAAGACGAGGCCAUGCCCGAUGCCGGGGUCGCCGCCGACGAGCAGCAGCCGGUCCCUGAUCCGGACGACGACGACGAUGGAGACCACCAGCCCAAGGAGGAGUCGGGCGACGAGGACGAAGAUGCUGGCGACAAGGAAGACGAGGAGUCGGCCAAGGAACCUACGCCGCCGCCCCAGCCCGUCGUGAGACGCAAGCGCCUCGGCCGCCCGCCCAAGAACCGCCCGCCGGACUGGGAUAACAUGGUGACGGUACCCGAGCGGGAUGCCGACACUCCGCGACGCCGUGGCCGCGGUGGAUGGCGAGGACGCGGCGGUCGCAAGGGCGGCCCCUCGGCUCCCAAGGCUGAACAGAUCAUCGACGCCGACGGCACCGUCGCUGAGAUCGCCGAAGACGAGUGCGUCCUCCCUGAAGACGCCGAGGGCGAGACCAAGGUGGACAAGGAGGGCAACCUCCAGGGCGGCCGCGAGUACCGCUGCCGCACCUUUACGGUGUUGGGCCGCGAGAACCGACUCUACAUGCUGUCCACGGAGCCUGCGCGAUGCGUCGGCUUCCGCGACAGUUACCUAUUCUUCACCAAGCACCGCAAGCUUUACAAGAUCAUUGUGGACGACGACGAGAAGAGGGACAUGAUUGAGCGGGAAAUCAUCCCUCACUCCUACAAGGGCCGUUCGAUAGGUAUCGUCACUGCCCGGUCCGUUUUCCGCGAGUUCGGCGCCCGCAUCGUCGUCGGCGGCAAGCGCAUAUUCGACGACUACGGCGUCACCCAGGCCCGCGCGGACGGCGUCGUGGAAGGCCAGCUCGCCGACCCCGAAGACCGCUUCGUCGAGGGACAGCCCUACAACAAGAACCAGUACGUGGCGUGGCACGGCGCCAGUGCCGUUUAUCACACCAAUGUGCCUUCAGUGCCGGUCCCGAACGGCAAGGUCGAGUCCAAGAAGCGCAAGGUCAACGUCAAUGAUGUCAACUGGAUGCUAGAGCAUGCCCGAGAGGCAAGCACCUUCAACGCCAGCAUCAAUGCCAUAAGGAAGCUCAACAAUGCGGGCGUCUAUGACAUCCACACCAACGUGAUGCAGUACCCGGUGACGAUGCAGCCCACGCGAGCCCGCUUCGAGCAGGUCACAUCCGGAGACGAUGGAGGUGCCGAGGGCACUGCCGUAUUCCCCCCGAUCCCGCCCAAGAUGGCUCGCAACUUCUACGUUGCCGACACGUACUUUGCGACGCCGGCAGCUGGAGUCAUCUCGGCGGCGGACAACCAGGCCGAGUCAGCAGACUUCCUGGCGUCGUUCAGCGGGCUGUCGGCCGUACCCGACGACAUCAAGGACCUAUUGCCACCCGAGUGCCGCAAGGCGUUUGACCAGGCCGUCGACAAGCAGACGACAUGGCGAUCACAAUGGGGUCUCGAGAGCGAGCACAUGUCCCGUCGCCAACCCAUCAUCGACAAGGCAAUUGUGCCGUACAGCAUGACAUGA